GUCCAUGGGCACGUCUGUCGCAGGGCUAUUGAGUAACUUCAGAACGCCGAUUUUUGGUUUCGUUGAUGGACUAGCUAGCAUGAGCUGCUGGGCUAGCCAGCUGCUUAGCAUAGUGUAUUGUGUCAUUGAUUUAGCUAUAGUCAAUGAAAUUAAAGCUUGCUAGAUCACAACGUAAGGUGUAUUGUAGCUAAAUGACACCACGUAGACAUCGAUAGCAUGCAACAAAAGCCUUAAAACGGUGCCAGGACUCUGAAAUCUGAUGGUCCAAAAUGCCUCAAAAACUUAAGUUACACAAGAGUAGUCACUACAUUGAGCUGGGGAGUUACCAGUACUGGCCAGUUCUGGUGCCUCGGGGAAUCCGCUUGUACACAUUUGAACAGAUCCCGUUAUUCUUGAAAGAAAACCCAUACAUUACAGAUGGAUACAGAGCACACUUGACAUCAAAACUAUGUUUAAAAAGCAUCUUUGUGCUGUCCAAUGAAACAGUCAACAUAUGGACUCAUCUGUUGGGCUUCCUCCUGUUCUUCCUACUGGGGGUGAAUGACAUGUCUACAGUCCUGCCGGCUUCAGGUGCCAACAGAGAAGACUAUGUCAUCUACUGCAUAGGACUUUUCUGCUUUCAGGUGUGUAUGCUGUGUUCAGUGGGGUAUCACCUCUUUUCCUGCCACCGCUCAGAGAAGACGUGUCAUCGCUGGUUGGCGCUGGACUAUGCAGGAAUCUCUGUGGGAAUCCUGGGCUGUUACAUUCCAGGGGUCUUCUAUGCCUUCUACUGCAACAUUUUCUGGAGACAGGUGUACUUGGUGAUUGUUCUAGCAUUGAUAUUGGCCAUAUUCUCGGCUCAGAUCCACCCUCACUACCUCUCUAAGGAGUGGCAACACCUGCGGACCGUCAUCUUCUGCUCUGUGGCUGGCUACGGGGUCAUCCCAGCUGUCCACUGGGUCUGGCUCAAUGGAGGCUUCAGCUCCGUUGUCGUCCAGUUGUUCCUCCCUCGUGUGAUUGUGAUGUAUUUGAUAGCUGGAGCUGCGUUCCUCUUUUACAUCUCUAAAAUCCCAGAACGCUGCUUCCCAGGUCAGCUGAACUAUCUGGGUGCCAGCCACCAGGUGUGGCAUGUCCUGGUAGUGUUUAUGUUCUACUGGUGGCACCAGACUGCUGUGUAUAUAAUGAACUUCAGACACAACCAGCCAUGCCCUCCUCUCUACACCAAUAGUGGCUAGCUGGAGCCACACAGGCUAGCAUCCAGCCACCAAGCAACCACAGCCUGUACUGUAGCCACUCAAUGCAAUCAAACCAGACUACAGACCUCCUAUAUAAGCUUAUUCUACAGAUGCCCAGUCAAGACCCAUAUCCAAGAAUACCCAUGACAGUACUGUUAAACCUUGUAGAAAGCUUGAAACCAUCUCUGGUUUUAAGGUUUGCUAUUGGUGGUAUGCAAUCAUAUCUGCUUUCUGCUGAGACUUCUGUAAGGCCAGGUUAUAAGAGAUGGAAAGACAUGUCAAUCAUAGCCUGGUCGCAGGUCUGGGAAGCAAGAUGGCACAAACAGAUCUGGGACCAGGCAGGGUAAGUCACUAGACACACUGUACACAAUACAUAUACCACUACAGCUGAACAUUUUCUGUGAUUCUCCAAUUAUCUUAUCAUAUUCAAGAUUUUUUUUACCUGAUUUGUAUCUAUUAAUUUGCAUGUAAGCUACUGUUUGAAUGUUACAUGCUGUGAAAUACUUCUCUGCUGCCUUGAGCAAAUGGGACCUUCCAAAGGGUUAUGUGCAAUCUACCUACCUACUAUCCUAUGGAAAUAGAACAACAACAAAAAAGUUAUUUUUGCUUGAGUAGUUUUAUCUGUAUUCAUCAAUACUUGAAUUGUUUGUGUGUUGCAUUAUUGCCUCUGGCACAAACUUCAUUGGGUUCUAUGUUGGGGUUGAGUAGUUAUCUUACUAUAUUUCAUUAAUGGUGGGGUUGAGUAGUUAUCUUACUGUAUUUCAUUAAUGGUGGGGCUGAGUAGUUAUCUUACUGUAUUUCAUUAAUGGUGGGGUUGAGUAGUUAUCUUACUGUAUUUCAUUAAUGGUGGGAUUGAGUAGUUAUCUUACUGUAUUUCAUUAACGGUGGGGUUGAGUAGUUAUCUUACUGUAUUUCAUUAAUGGUGGGGUUGAGUAGUUAUCUUACUGUAUUUCAUUAACGGUGGGGUUGAGUAGUUAUCUUACUGUAUUUCAUUAAUGCUGGGGCUGAGUAGUUAUCUUACUGUAUUUCAUUAACGGUGGGGUUGAGUAGUUAUCUUACUGUAUUUCAUUAAUGGUGGGGUUGAGUUGUUAUCUUACUGUAUUUCAUUAAUGGUGGGAUUGAGUAGUUAUCUUACUGUAUUUCAUUAAUGGUGGGGUUGAGUAGUUAUCUUACUGUAUUUCAUUAAUGGUGGGAUUGAGUAGUUAUCUUACUGUAUUUCAUUAAUGGUGGGGUUACUUUUAGUAUUAGUGGUCAACUGACCUCCUUCCUCUCACAAUCCACUUGAAUCUAAGGGCUGAUUCAAGAACUGUUUCGAGAAAUGUAACCAACUAAACAUAAACCCAAUAAAAUAGAUUGGGAUUAAAUUCCCCUCGCCUUAAUUUGUUAGUGUCCCUGUGUCACUCACAGGUGUGAACAACUGCAUAAGAACAAAAGUCCUAAUGGCCAGUAUUAUCGAUUGUAUGUUAUACACCACAAUGGUGUAGUACACUUGAAUUCAGGUUAGGUCAAAUUACUACCCAGUCUCUCUAUGCAACAAUAUACUGUACAUCUCCUGCCAUUUUAAACCAGUUCCCAGUCAUGUAUCCAGCAAUGCAAUGACAUUUUGGUCAUACGUUUUUAGAUUGUCUCCAGCUGACAUACUUAGCCUCUAGUCAGAUAAGGAUGCUCUGUCAGAGUCAUGUGUAUAGGUGGCAGGGAAGUCGUGACAUGCUCAGAACAUAUCACAGCCUGUAAUGACUGGAAAUGUAGCAGACUGUUUGUUUGCCUUGUAAAUUCACUUUUGUUUUUAAGUAUGACUUUCAUUAUUUACUGUGUAAUUACUGUAUUAUUUUACCGGUCUGUCUUGUUUGUUACAUUGUUCAACAUUUGUUUUUAAUUUAUUUUGGCAUGGUUGAUGGACCUUUACUUUUGAAUACUGGCAAUGACUAAAGGGGCACAUUAUUUUAAUCUAUCUGUUACAUGACAUGUUUCUCUUUGAUUACUAUCAAUAAAUAAAGACUGCCUCAAUAAAUAUCAUUGUUGAAGUUAUGUAAUGAGAAUAUUAAAUUCAUUUGCAAUGA